AUGGUCAGUAAAGUCAUCAGUUCCAAUAGAGAGUUCAUGAUUCAGAAAAGCGAGUGUGGUGUUGAUGGACAACAGAGUUGCUCUUCUCUCGAAAGUCCUCCAGUAGAAUGUACUGUUUGCAUUAUUGAUAACAAAACCUAUCAGCGUGGUGAGCGUGUACCUACCAGUGAAGCCUGUCGCAUAUGUGAGUGUGGUGUGGACCGACAAAUAAAUUGUUCUUCAGAUCCAGCAUGCUGCAAAAUGGAUGAUGAUUUUACUACAACACCAUCAAUAUAUCAUACAGGCCCACCAGAUGGCAGCCAUACUUCCACUCCAUCAGGAUCACAUGACCAAACAGAUAGCAGCUAUACUGGCUCAACAUUAGUACCACAAAAUACCAUUCUUUCAACACAUGGCAGCCAUACUUCCACUCCAUCAGGAUCACAUGACCAAACAGAUAGCAGCUAUACUGGCUCAACAUUAGUACCACAAAAUACCAUUCUUUCAACACACAGUUCACCAGUACUCUGUGCUCAGAGAAUAUGUGUCAAUGGAAAAGUAAUUCAAACCACCACCCUUUGUUCAGUCCCAAUAACCACUCCUAUAACUACUGGUCAGGAAAUCACAAGAAGUAACAUUCUUGGAAAAUGCUACAAAGUCAUAUGUGAUGGCAGUUGUGGACAGACACCUGCAACUGAAAUACCUUGUGAAACAACACCAACAACGACAAUAACUACAACAACAAUAACAACAACACCAACUACUACAAAAACAACAACAAAAACGACUACAACAACUACAACACCAACAACUACAAAAACUACAACUAAAACAACCACCAAGUCAACCACUGUCACUACAAUCAGUACAACUACUCCUUGUGUGCCCUAUACAAACUGGCAGAUUUGCAACUGCACCAAAGCUAUAUGCAAUUCAGCAGGUCAACUGCAGAUUGUUCAGAAAGGUUGCACACCUCCACCACAAAUUACCUGUGCAAAUAAAAUGGCGCCACUUGCUGUGCCCGAUGAUGACUUAUGCUGCUGGCAUUGGGAAUGUCCAUGUAUGUGUGCUGGAUGGGGUGAUCCUCACUAUAUUACAUUUGAUGGAACUUAUUAUACAUAUCAAGGAAACUGCACCUAUAUUCUUGUUGAAGAAAUUGUGAAAACCAUUGAUAACUUUGGCAUUUACCUUGACAAUUAUGACUGUGGAGAUAAAACCGGUAUUAGCUGCCCACGCAACCUUACUAUACGACAUGAAACCCAGGAAAUUCUAAUUUCACCUAAAACAUUUACACCUGUAAGCUUAGAGACUCGUGUAAAUGGACAACUUGUAUUGCUUCCAUAUACAAAAUAUGGAGUCAAAGUUUACAAAUCUGGAGUAUAUUUUGUGGUUGAAAUACCAGAACGCAAGACUAAUGUCACUUAUAAUGGUGUGACCUUCACUAUAAAGAUGCCAUAUGGGAUGUUUUAUAACAACACACAUGGACAGUGUGGUACUUGCACCAACAACCAAGCUGAUGACUGUAUGAUGGCUAAUGGCACAAUCACAACUAACUGUGUAGCCAUGGCUGAUUCUUAUAUUAUUAAUGACCCAGUCAAGCCUCAAUGCAAGAGCAACACUCUAUUACCUCAACCAAUAAGUCCAACUUGCAGAUCUUCUCUCUGUGAUCUCAUCAUGGGACUGUAA